AUGAGGCGUUCCAAGAUUUUCUUCGUCCUGCUCGCGCUCGCCCUGCUCAUAUCCCUCGCGCUGGCGCCUUCGUGCCGCGCGAAUGCGAUCGAAGCGGAAGACGACGCAGACGAUGAUGCUGUCAUUUCCGCCGACGCGGCUUCGCCUCCUGGUCUCGUCGAAAAGCUGUUCGGCGCGAGUAGGCGGUUCCUGUGGUCGCCCCGCAUGCUGUCAUGCAAGUCCGACUGCGAGGAGAAGAACAAGAAGUGCAACACGGAUUACAACAAGUGCAAGCGCGAGAACAAGGACGACGAGCAUGACCACAAGAGGUGCACGCACAAGUACGAGCAUUGCAAGAAAAAGGCCAAGAAGUGCCGCUCCAAGUGCGACUAA